AUGGUUUUUUUGGAAAUGGUUGAACUGUGUCUACACCAGCUGAAUUUCUGCCUGAGGCAGGUUCAUCAAUACAGAAGGGAAAGCCAGAAGCGAGCUCCUAAACGGGGAGAACAGCAAGGAUGGAAUGACAACAGGGGAGCAGAAAUAAAACAGGACAAAUCUGAGUGGAGACCCUCUUUCAGGGAAUACCGUUCCUAUGAAACUGAAAGACAAGCGGAAUUCACAGUAGAAAAACCAAUUGAAAGAUUUGACCGUGAAAGACCAAUAAGAGGACGUGGAGGAGGAAGAGGUGGAACGCGGGGUAGAGGAAGAGGUGGUGGAAUAAACAGAAGUUUUGAUGGCUUUGACCAAAGAGGAAAACGGGAAUUUGAAAGACAAAGUGGGAGUGAUAAAACAGGAGUGAGAGCAGACGACAAAAGGGGUGGAAGUGGAGCUCGCAACUGGGGAACAGUUAAAGAUGAUAUGAGUGAGAUGGAACAGACUGCUCCAGUGGAAGAGACUGCAGAAACAGCUGAGCAGCCAGGGGCACCUGAAGGAGAACCUCUGAACAAAGUUGCUGAAGGGGAUCCAAUGGAAGAAGUAGUUCAAGAAAUGACGUUAGAUGAGUGGAAAAAUCUUCAGCAACAGAAUCGACCAAAGCCUGAAUUCAACAUCCGGAAGCCAGAAUCCACUGUUCCUUCCAAAGCAGUGGUGAUUCACAAGUCAAAAUAUAGCGAUGAUUUGCAAAAAGAAGACUUUGAAGAUGAUUCUCAUGUCUUUCGAAGAGCAGUGAAUGAUAUAACCUCUCAACUGGAUAUUAAUUUUGGGAGUCUCCCUCGCCCUGGCCGUGGAUCAAGAGGAGCACGAGGUGGUCGGGGUCGUGGCAGACGAGCUGAGGAGACGGGGCCUCGGCCAGAAGUAGCGGUGCAAAUUGUUGCUCCAAAUCCAGAUGACCCUGAGGAUUUUCCUGCUUUAGCUUGAAGGAACUAUCGUGAAUGAUGGUAUCUCGAAGUAGCUUUGAUGUAGCUGUGAAGAGACCAAUUUUAUGUUGCUGUGGAAAAAGAAAGUCUGAGUCUACAGGAAAAACUGAUUUUGUUUUUUUCUUCUUGAUGUGAAAUGAUUGCACCCCUUUGCUAUUGGAGGGGGGUUCUGGAGAUACCGGUAGACUGGGAUUCUGUCACAGGUUCCGAUGUCUGCUUCCGUUUAUGGAAACUGUGUGAAGGCAUCUGGUACUUUACUACAAGGAUUUAAGUGAAGUUCAAGAGUACAGUGGUUAAAAAGUUUAUAUAGCAAUUAUAUCAAGUAUUCCAGGACAGCACAAUGAAACAUAAGCUGUACAACAUGAUCUGCAAUUGGGACUCUAGCAAAUCACUGUAGACACCUGAGAGUUGCUUUCUGUAUUUCUUUGAGUGAAAUGUACCUUUGCAUAUCUUACGCAGUUACAAAUUGCAAUUCUUUGGAGGCUGGCAAAUAAAGGAAAGUGCUCAUU